ACCCCUCAGUCCAGAUUUAGACCUCAGUCUUUCCCACUCACUCAGACCCAGCUGGCUGGACCUGAAGCACAGAUUCCCUCGCCUCUCCCUCUUCCUCUCCGUCUUUCUUUCCUUCCUGUCUUCCUCGCCAUGUCUGGACUCUUUCAUCACUUCUUCAUCUGACACAGUCUCAGCCUCACAGAUGUCUAAGCUGCACGCUGAGGCCCAGCUCCUCUUCCAGAGUUUCCACGCUUGGUUUGGUUCCACAGAGGCAGACGUCCUGCUCCUCUUCCUCUGCCAUGGAGCCUCUCGCAGAGGUCCCGUUAUUUGAGAUGGACGAGGAUGAAGACGAAGAGGAAGACGUUCUCUCAAUGAAGAGAAGAGGUAGCUGUAGAUAUGCAACGCAUGCCCAUGCCUCUCCUUCAAGCACAGACCCCGACAUGUUCAUCUACAUGAACUUCAUGAAGAGUCACUGCUGCUACGACGCAAUCCCAACCAGCUCCAAACUGGUCAUUUUUGACACAACUCUGCAGGUGAAGAAGGCUUUCUUUGCUCUUGUGGCUAACGGCGUGAGGGCCGCUCCUCUGUGGGACAGCAAGCUGAAAUGUUUUGUGGGUAUGCUGACCAUCACUGACUUCAUCAACAUUCUCCAUCGUUAUUACAAAUCUCCUCUGGUUCAGAUCUAUGAGCUGGAAGAACACAAGAUAGAAACAUGGAGAGAAAUCUAUCUACAGUACUCUGUCAACAGACUGAUCAGCAUCACUCCUGACUCCAGUCUGUUUGAUGCUAUCUACUCCUUGCUGAAGAAUAAGAUCCACAGGCUGCCGAUUAUCGACCCGUUGUCAGGAAACGUCCUCCACAUCCUCACUCAUAAACGAAUCCUCAAGUUCCUCCAUAUUUUUGGAUCAAUGAUUCCUAAACCUCGGUUUCUUCAAAGACGCAUCAAUGAAGUGGCAAUCGGUACCUUUAGAGAGAUUGCAACAGUCCAGGAAACAGCGUCUGUUUAUGAUGCUUUGUCCAUAUUUGUGGAAAGAAGAGUGUCCGCUCUGCCUGUAGUCAAUGAGCAAGGUAAAGUGGUGGCGCUUUACUCCAGGUUUGAUGUUAUUAACCUGGCUGCCCAGAAGAACUACAACAACCUGAACAUGACGAUGCGUGAGGCAAUCUCAUCCAGAGCCUGCUGUGUGGAGGGGGUCCUGAAAUGUUACCCUCAUGAGACUCUGGAGACCGUCAUUGACCGUAUUGCCAAGGCUGAGGUGCAUCGUCUGGUGUUGGUUGACAAGGACGAUGUCGUGAGAGGGAUCGUCUCUCUCUCUGACCUUCUACAAGCCCUGGUUCUCACUCCUGCAGACCAAGCUCUUCUCCAUCUCUUCAUCAUCCUGGGGACAGUCAUUCUUAUCUUUUUAAGGAACUUUCCAACAUUGUCAAUUUCUGGUCCUUAUCAAACAAGUACGGGAAAUCAUCAAAAGCCUCUCCAAUCUUCAAACAUAAACCUCCGAAGUCAUGUCCUAAACCUUGUUGUGAUCAUCUAUCCCUCAUCCUUCUGCCUCUUCAAAACCAUCAAAACACCAGUGGAACCUCAUGCUCCUAUCAAGGUCUUAACAUUAUUUCUUAAGCUUGAUCCAUCCCUUCUGUCCUCAAAUCUGUCUCUGAACCCAAGCUGUUCUCUUGCCUUCCACACUCUACAAAGUCUGACACCAACUACCACUCUACAUGUCCCCAAACAACCUUCAUGCAGCAGUUCAUCAGCUGAAUCCUCCAUGCUACAAGGACUUCUUAGCCAGAUCAUCCCAGAUAUUUAUGAGAGAUCAUCUUGUCUUGACGAAGAGGGCAGGAUGGAGACUUAUCACAUAUAACAGGACUGUUGGAGGGAAAAGUGAGAUGUGCAGAAGCAGAGAAGGAAGUCACUGAAAAGAAAUGUGGAAAAAAAAGGAAACAUGACAAUGGAAGCACUUUGACUGAAAUGCCCAUAAUGAGGGUAAUGGAGGCUUCGCAGUGGUCUUAAAUAAAAUAAUGGAUUGAUCAAAGCUAAACUAACACUUGUGAAAAUGUUCACUCAGAGACUUUAAAACAGACAAGAUUAUAUGUGAAAAAUAGAAAUGAAGUUUAUAUAGAGAAAAUACGAUGAAACUGUUCAAUUUGAUGGUUUGUUCUUACUUUCUGGUCUUAUAAUAGGUAAAAAAAAAACUCAAACUUGAAAUGAAACGACUGCAUUAUUUGAUUGGGAUCAUCUUUUUGUAAGUGCACUUAAGGUUGUAUAAAUAAAUGUUUUGUUUUGAA